AUGAUGUUUCAUCCACCGGCACCACCUAUCAUUGAGAGCUUCCUGAAUUUCAUAAAUCAUUCUCCUACCCCUUUUCAUGCGGUCUCAAAUGCUAUAAAGCGACUCGAAUCAGCUGGAUUUGAACGGUUAAAAGAAAAGGAUGAUUGGACUUCCCGGUUGAAAAAAGGUGGAAAAUAUUAUGUAACAAGGAAUCAAAGCUCUAUCAUUGCUUUUGCCAUAGGUGGAGCGUAUCAGGCUGGAAAUGGGUUAGCCAUAGUAGGAUGUCACACUGAUUCACCUUGUUUUAAAAUCCGACCAGUAUCCAAAAAGACUAAACUAGGAUACCUUCAAGUGGGUGUAGAGACUUAUGGUGGUGGAAUUUGGCCUACUUGGCUUGAUAGAGACUUAGGAAUCGCUGGUCGAGUGAUUGUAAAAGAUUCAAUCAAUAAAUCAUCUUUCAAUUCUCACCUUAUUCAUAUUUCGCAACCUAUCUUGAGAUUUCCCACUUUGGCUAUUCAUUUAGAACGCACUCAAACUGACCAAUUAAAGUAUAAUACUGAAACCCAGAUGGUACCGAUAUUAGCUUUAGCAAAUGACACUCUGAAUGAGACUAUCAAAAAACCUACCACGGAGGAUCUUCUAUCCAAAACGGCACUCAACAUUCAAGAUUAUCAUCAUCCUUUACUCCUUACGUUAUUAGCCAAAACGCUUUCUUCGACUAUUGGUCAAACUGUUAAUCAAGAGGAUAUACACGAUUUAGAACUUUCACUCUUUGAUACUAACCCUUCGACCGUAGGCGGAGGACUUGGCGAAUUUAUCUUCUCACCCAGACUUGAUAAUCUUUUUAGUUCAUUUGCUGCUUUUGAGGCACUUGCUCAAUCUGUUGAAGGUCAAAAUGGUGAUAAUUUGCUCAAUAGUCCUGUAGUUAGAACUAUUGCACUCUGGGAUAAUGAAGAAAUCGGAUCAGUUUCCAAUCAAGGAGCCGAGUCAAAUUUCUUGGAAGCAAUCUUGACUCGCAUCUCUAGCGCAUUUGCUGAAACCCCUUCUCCGGCAUUGACUGAAAGGACACUUGCUACUUCCUUUUUACUCAGCUGUGAUAUGGGGCAUGCUAUUCAUCCAUGUUUUCCUGAGAAACAUGAAGAGAAUCACCGACCGUCUAUCAAUAAAGGUCCCGCCAUCAAAACAAAUGCUAAACAGAGAUAUGCCAGCACGGCAGCGACCACUUUUGUCUUACGUCAAAUUGCUGCACUUGCCGAAGUCCCAUUACAAGAGUACGAGGUUAGAAAUGAUAUGGCGUGUGGUUCUACAAUUGGUCCACUGGUCUCUAAGAUUGGAUUACGUACCGUAGAUAUUGGUUGUCCGCAGUUAUCUAUGCACUCUAUCAGGGAACAAGCUGGUUGUCUUGAUAUGGUUUAUCUUGUCAAACUCUUUGAGACUUUUUUUGAAAAGUUUGAGGAAGUUGAUUCGACACUUUCGACCGGCGAAUGAAGGGUUGGUUGAUUUGCAUCCCACACUCCUUUUAGAUGAUAAGGGACUUGCGAGGUAGAUGUAGCUGUUGUGGUGAAAUCAAAAUAUGAAUAGAUUUUUCUACCACUUGGCUAUGUAUUUUUUCUCAAGCCACUACAUUGAGGAGAUUGUAAUUUAACUAAUAGCAGUUUAAAUUAAAAACCACGUGUUGGUCCAAUGAACUUUUGGUU